AUGGCAGUGCAGUACAUUAUCCUGCUGUCGCGGCAAGGCAAAGUGCGGUUGGCGAAAUGGUUUCUGACGUUGUCGCUGAAGGAGAAGAGUAAGAUUGUGAAGGACGUGUCGACGCUGGUGCUGGGUCGGCGGACGAAGAUGUGCAGUUUUUUGGAGUAUAAAGAUAGCAAGGUUGUGUACAGACGAUACGCAUCGCUGUUUUUCAUUGCCGGAAUCGAGUCUACCGAUAACGAGCUGAUCACGCUUGAGAUUGUGCACCGAUAUGUGGAACAGAUGGAUCGCUAUUACGGCAACGUCUGCGAGCUCGACAUCAUUUUCAACUUCCAGAAGGCGUACUACAUCCUCGACGAGCUUUUGAUUGCUGGUGAACUGCAAGAGUCGUCGAAACGGGACGUGCUGCGCCGGAUCUCGCAGCAGGAUUCGCUCGAGGAGGCGGAGGGCGACGAAGAGAAGUUUAGCAGAUUGAUGCCCUACAUCGGCCAACUUCCCGGCAUGUCGGGCGACGGAUCGAGCAGUCUCGGAAGCGGCAGCGGUGCAGGAGGCAUGUCCUCAUCCGGCGGGCCAGGCGGGUCGUUUGCGUCCGCGCGGGGACGGUCGGGCGCGAACCCAAAGUCGCAAGCAACCUCGCCGACGAGCGCGGUGGACACCGUCCGCGCGUCGCUGCUCUCGCGGUACUCGUCGGCGACCAGCCUUCCCGGGCUCGCCUCCUUCUCCUCCGUCGACGACAACCCGCUGCUCACCACCCUGCGCUCGCUCUACCUGAGCCCGCACACCGCGCUCGCGCACACCGUCCAGCGCGAAGACGGCACAAUCACGUACACGCCGGGCGCGAACGCGUAUCCGCCGGUGCGGCUGCUCAACCCGAUCGAGAAGCAGCGGAUCCUGGUCACCGGCGGCGCGGGCUUCGUGGGCUCGCACCUCGUCGACCGGCUCAUGCUCAUGGGCCACAACGUCAUCUGUCUCGACAACUUCUUUACCGGGUCAAAGUCGAACGUCGCGCACUGGAUCGGGCAUCCGAAUUUCGAGCUGAUCAGGCACGACGUCGUGGAUCCUAUCCUCGUCGAGGUCGACCAGAUCUACCAUCUCGCGUGUCCCGCGAGCCCCGUGCAUUACCAGUCCAACCCCGUGAAGACGCUCAAGACGGGAUUCUUUGGCACGUACAACAUGCUCGGUCUCGCGAAGCGCGUCAAGGCGCGCUUCUUGCUCUCGUCCACGUCCGAGAUCUACGGCGACCCGGAAGAGCACCCGCAGAAGGAGUCGUACUGGGGCCACGUCAACUGCACUGGUCCGCGGGCGUGCUACGACGAAGGCAAGCGCGUGGCCGAGACGCUCGCGUACUCGUAUCAGCGGCAGGAAGGCGUGGACGUGCGGGUCGCGCGGAUUUUCAACACGUUCGGACCGCGCAUGAACUGGAACGACGGGCGGGUGGUGUCGAACUUCAUUCUGCAGGCGCUCAAGAGCGAGGAUCUGACUGUGUACGGCGACGGCAAGUCGACGCGGUCGUUCCAGUACGUGCAUGAUCUGGUUGACGGGCUGAUGAAGCUGAUGAACUCGAACUGCGACGAGCCGGUGAAUAUCGGCACGCAGGAGGAGUUCACGAUCGAUCAGUUUGCGCAGAUGGUGAUUGAUCUGGUGGCGGAAGAGACCGGGUUUUGCGGGUCGCAGGUCGUGCAUAUGGCGGCGCUUGAAGAUGAUCCGCAGAAGCGGAAACCGGACACGACGAGAGCAAAGGAGCGGUUGGACUGGGAGCCGCAGUGGAAAGUUAUUGAUGGCUUGCGAGAGACUGUAAAGUAUUUCAAGACUACGCAGGUUGGCUCUGAGAUAUAG